GAACCCUGUUGACUUGAACCAGUUAGUUGCGUACUCCAGCCAGUGUCAGUGGCCUUCAGGCAGAAUUGACAUUUAUCAGCUAGUAGAUUAUUGGUACAGUUAUUCAUCCAUUCGACAGGUAGAUAAACCAGCGCAGCGGAACAUCCCUUUCCUGAAAAAUCUGUGAGCAGUAGGAAGUUUGCUGAUUGCAUUCAGUGACCAGAAACCGUUCGAUGGGGAAGUACAGAUGCUACCCCAAUCCGAACAAUCCCCGGAAUUUGGAGCAGAUCAGCAAUGAUUUGAAUCAGGAAUGCAAAACCUGCACCGAGCACAGUCGUCUAUCGAAAGGCCUCCGGGAGAGGCUGGAAAUUUUGUCGCGCCACUUGCGCCAGGAGGUGGUGAAGCGAACACGCGACGGAUGCUCGCCGUUGUUUAUCGUGUGCCGACGCGGCAACGUAGAAAUUACGGAGUAUCUGAUAACGAUGUGCGACGCGAACAGUGAACAGAAAGGUUUAUACGAGGUUUCCGAGGACCGAUCCGUGCACUGUGUCACACCACUAUGGUGUGCCUGCGUGUCCGGAAAUCUUCCGGUGGUCAAGUGUUUGGUGCGGUUGGGAUCUAACAUCAACGCCCUGUCGGAUACCGGCUCGACGCCGUUGCGAAGUGCCUGCUUCAUGACACAUAUCGACAUUGUUCAAUACUUAGUGGAGAAUGGAGCGGAUAUUCGGAGGCCAAACUAUAACGGCGGUACUUGUCUAAUAAAUUCGGUUCAAUCAGUGCAACUCUGCAGCUAUCUGAUUAGCAAAGGUGCGGAUGUGAAUGCGCGUGACAUUCAGGAUAAAACGGCUCUCCAUUAUGCUAUACAGGAACAUAGACUAGAAACGGCUCAGCUCCUGCUGGAGCACGGAGCCGAUCCGUUUGCGAAAAGUCGCUACGGGGAUGAUGCUUUGCAGACGGCAUGCCUGAAAGGUGCUCAUCAAAUUUUUGAUUAUCUGAAAAGUAGAAUCAACUACUCUUCGGAGAGACUGGCAGAUGCUCACGAGCUCAUUGGCUCGACCUUUAUCGAUGAUCACAAUGAAACACGGGUCGCUAUUUUGCACUGGCGGUUGGCUCAUCACAUUCGAUUAAGGGAUGCUAACUAUAUUCGCAAGAGGCCCGAAGUUCAGCCCCGUUCUGCAUACGGAAAUGUUACGGAAUUUUCCACCAUUGCUGAGCUAGACAACAUCGCUGCUGAUGUGGAUGCCAUGCGCAUUCAGAGCUUGCUUACCUACGAACGAAUACUUGGAAUCGAUCACAAAGAUACGCUGUUCCGGUUGAUGUUUCGUGGUGCUUCCUACGCAGACUCGCUGCGUUACCAAAGGUGCAUCGAUUUGUGGCUGCUGGCUUUACAGGUGCGCGUCCAGAAGUAUUCCAUUCUCUAUUCGGACACUUGCCUAACAGCACAGGCAAUUGUGAGGCUUAUGCUCGAUUUGCUAGACAAAUACGUAGAUGUGAUGCCGAACGAAUUCGUCGAACAAGGAAUGCCGCGCUUCGAAGAUGUCUACGACGUCUUUCAAGUGCUGACUUCCAGCAUCAAUGAGGCUCGUCAGUUGCUUAACAUAAGGCCGGUUCACCGGAAGCAGCAGGAAAACUUUGAUCGAAUUCUCAAAUGCCUGACCCAUCUGAUGUAUCUGCUAAUAGCAACGGCAAAAACGGCCGACGAGCGUGAAUUGGUCAACGAAUCCGUCCGAACGCUGGUGCGGAAUAACAUCCGCAGUGCAAUCACUAACGACACACUUUUACAUCUAUCCGUGUCGCGAUUGAACGUGAUCAAGAGUGGUUACUUCACCGACGACAGUAGCUUGCGGGUUAUCUUUCCGAAUCUGAACGUGGCCAGGUUGCUGCUGGAGUGUGGCGCGCAUGUCAACGCCAAGAACGAAAGCAAAUCAACGCCACUGCUAGUCGCUUCAAUGCCGUACAACUACGACCGUGAGCUCGUUUGCAUGCUGCUGGAAUAUGGUGCUCACUUGGAUCAGCCCAACCGGAACGACGACCGGCCGAUGUCACUGAUUGCCAUCAAUCCGGUCAACGAUAUUCCGCUGGUCAACUACAUUACGCUCAAGUGUCUCUGCUCGAUGGUUAUCACCAAGUUCGGUAUCCCCUACCGGAAUCAGAUCCCGCGCACGCUAGAGGACUUCGUCCGAUGGCACGAACCGUAAUGACGAACGUCCCGGCGCGGUAGCUUCUUCCCGUCUGCUGCGGUGUAAGCUCUGAAGCUGUAGCGGUGAGGUAUGCCCUUUUUUCCACGGUUAGAUUUUCCGUUGGGUCCUGCUGGUUCGUUUUCCGAUCGAUCAAUCCGGAUCAUUAAAGUUUUCCUAGUUUUCCAAUAGUUAUUUUGUUUCGCGAUGGCAAAAAAAGACGGAGAUACUUUUCGAUUAUGUUUAAAAGGUGGAAAUAUUAUUAGGACGCCAGUGUGAGAGAAUUGAGUGUAAUAGAGUGUUAUGAAUAUAAUUAUUUCGGCUAAACAGAGCAGCAGAACUAAAUAUUCGCUUAUAAGGUGAUAAAUGUCAAUUGGAACAGCGCCAUUAAUAGCAGGGAGGCUGAAACGGAUUCUAGUAAAAUGUUGCAUACAGAACAGAAGGGUAUGGUAAAAGUUGCUUCGAAGUAGUCUGAAGAAAUUGGCUAUGCCUUGGUGUACUACUUAACUUAAUUGAGAGUCGAAGCUCUGGCAUAUAUUUAGAUUUUUGUAUCAUGCAAGAAAAGGAUGUUAGAUGAAAUUUGGAUGAUUUUCGUUAGGUGCUAGUGUAGGUCAGGUCAGAGCAUCAGCAUCAGAGACGGCACGAUCACCUCCAUUCAAUUUUGAUUCAAUGUAACUGUACCGCCUUAGCCAAGCAUAAUUUAAAAGAAGCUUACGUAAUGCAGAUCAACUGAUGUGGAAAUCGAACUAAAUUGCAAUUUUCAAGUACUGGACAAACGAGCGAGCAAUAGAUAGCUUUCAAACAAUGUGAAUCUCGAAAAUCGUGGGCGAUUUUGGAGAUAAAACCAAGCUGAGGUGUGGUUCUCGAUAUCAAUGCAGUGUGAUGUAAGUGCAAGAAAAACACCGAGAUCACUUACGUGAUCUAUUCUUCUUAGUUGCAAUCCGUCGACGUAUUAAACGAACAGAACUGGCUUAAAAAUACGGUGAAACGUCAUAACCCCACACUUGGCAGUACUGAUUACGAGCCAGUUACUUGGACUCCAGCCAACGAAAUCAUUCAGCAUGGCCUGGUUCGAACUACUAGAUAAAAUUUAGCGUCGUCGGCAUAUAUCAAGGAGUAACAAGGUGACGAAGUUUGAAAACAGCAUGAAUAACAAGCGCUCCAUAUUGCUACCCUGCGGUGCACCGGUAUUAUUAGUAAAUUUCAAAGACAUGCAUACACCGGGCUUAACGCGAUUUUACCGCCUAGGUACGAACUUAACCAGUCAACGAGUCAACAAGAAGCACCAUCAAUGAUCAAUGUAAUCGCACCAUCACAUCAAUUUGAUCCUUCGGACUCCUUCUGUUCCAUAUGUGAUAUUCACGUCUAAGUACACUCUAACAAGUUAGUACAAACGUACAGGUUGAGAAGCAAAAAUGUAUCUCUUCUUACGGGAGAGGCUGACGCCACUUACUACAUAUAAUCUCGAAUAGCUUUGAGCCAUCCAACAGACUAGUGAUGCCACGGCAAUUUUUAAUGUUCUGCCGGUCCCCAGAUUUAGACACCGGAAACAUAAAAGACUGCUUCAAUAUUUCGGGAAAUUUUCCUUGCGCAAAAUAUUUGUUGAAAAUACAGCAUAGCGGGACUGCUGUCACCCGCAAUGCAAACGACAGGAGGGAUUCCAACAGGACCUACUGAGUAGGAUCGUUUUAGCUCCUUUGCUGCGUCCGAUAUCAUAUCGGUGGAAACUUCAAAAUUUGUCAAAUCAAUUAAAAAACCUGGGACUUCAAUUGUCACGCUCUCGGCUUCGGUUUCGGAAGCAAUUCGAUUGGUGAAAAUAGAAUCCAUUUCUGAUGUUGCCUCAACACCGUCCGGUCCAGACAAACACUCAAUGCUACUGAAGAGAAUUUCUUUCUAGAGUUGAUGAAGUUCUAAAAGUUCUUCGGAUUCUUACAAGGCUUGGUAUGCACCCACAGAACGUAUGACUUAUGCAGUGCACUGGUCAGUCGACAGUGAGCAUCACUAUGACCUGGAAUUAAAUAAAAUUUUUGGUCAACUGGUUCCUAGUCCGUCGGUAAUACUUAGAUAAUUUUUCCAAGCAGUUUUUUCCCCUCUACCGCUUGCUGGCAUUCCUCAUCAAAAUUUUGUGUACUCAGCCUCUCCGAUGGCCGAGCGUAUUCUGCCCCAACCGUCUUCGAGGUUUGAAGCACCUAACUCCUCGGCAGAAGGCAGUGCCUCAUUCAGUACUCGCGCGUAGUUCUCGGCAGCUUGCGGGUUAUCUAGCUGCCUGAUGUUCAGCCGAGGAGGGCGGCUUUGACGUGUCCGGUAUACGUGGACAGCUUUGAGCGCACGUGUACUGCUACUAGGUAAUGGUCAGAAUCAAUAUCCGCACCUCGUCGGGAGCGUACAUUCGUGAUCGUGGUCAAUUUGGUUCAUUGUACGUUGGUCAGGUGAUCUCCAGGUGGCUUUGCGGAUAUCCUUGCGCGGGAAAAAGGUGCUUCGGAUCACCAGGCCUCGGGAAGCUGCGAAGUUUAUACAUCGUUGGCCGUUAUCGUUUGUGUCGGUGUGCAGGCUAUGGGGUCCUACCACCGGUCUAUAUAUUUCUUCCCUACCGACCUGGGCGUUCAUAUCCCCGAUGACGAUCUUGAUGCCCCGUGACGAGCAGCUGUCAUACGUUGCCUCCAGCCUCGCGUAGAACGGGUCUACCUUCGUGCGGGCAGUGCACGUUAAUGAUGCUAUAAUUGAAGAAACGGCCCUUUAUCCUCAAUACACACAUUCUCUCGUUGAUCGCCUUCCAAUCUAUCACGCUAUCCUGCAUUCCGCCCAACACUACAAAGCCCGUGCCCAGUUCGUUGGUAGUGCUACCGCUCUGGUAAAACUGGGCCUUUCUGCCACGGAUUUCCAUACCUUCUCUCCUUUGCGACAGAUUUUCUGUAGAGCUACGAUGCCGAGUUUGCGGUGUUCAAGCUGUUCAAUCAGCACCCGCUCGCAACCUGCGAAAUUUAGCGAUCUGCAGUUCCAAGUACCGAGUCUCCAUUCGUCGUCCUUGUUUCGUCGCCUGGGUCGGUGCCGAAUAUUGCAUUCCGAAUUUGCUUGAAUUUUGUAAGUUUGAUUUGAUUAGGUGAUUUGAUAGGUGUGUAGCCGUACUGGGGCAACAUUACCGAGUCUCGCUGCCAUCGUAUAGUGCCGAGACUGACUAUACAUCCUUCCCGGUUAGUAUCCGACCUUAGUUUCCACCGGGAUUCUAAACCCGAUCUCCACUAGGGUUGCUCGUAUUCCGCCUGGUACGACGAGGAGGUCGGGAUCGGAGUUGCUGGAUAAGAGACUAACGACCACUGUGGGGUCUAUAUUCCGCAUUAUCCAUUUACCAUUUUUUAAGUGUGUAGUUUAUUAGCAGCAGCUAUAGCAAAACAGUUCAGCAAUUACGGUCGAUGCUUUGUUCGUACUGCCAGCUCCACUCCGGAACGAGCAAGUUGGACAUCGUAGAACACUUCGUGUCUACCAGAUAUAGCCGAUCCGACAUUUACAUCAUCCUCUCCGUUUUGAAGAAAGGUAAUAACGUCGAACAGAAGACUGGUUGCGGCCGCUCGAGGAAGACCGAGAGGAAAGUGCUCUUAUCGUUCCACGCCUUGGUCUGAGAGGUCAGAGCAACCGGUCAAAUGAUGAAGAAGUACCUGGCGAAACUGGACCUUGUUUUUUUGUGGAAGCCGACAAUCACCCAUAAGCAACGGCUAAAAGUGCUGGUGAAGACAUCUUUCCAGCGAAGCGCGACAUUGUGAUCAUAAUGAAUGACGAAACCUACUUGACCGGGUGCUUGCAGUCCCCAACCGAGAAGGUAUGUAGCCGCAAGGUAGGUCAUUGGUUCAAAUCUUAGUAGAACCAGGCCAUUCGAUGUCAAAGUGACUAGUAUGGGUUUAUUCUCAGGCCCCUCAUCAUCCUUCCUUCAUGCUGAAUUCUAUAUAUCGAUAUGGCCUAUUGACAGUGCAAAAAUGACUCUUAUAGUAAAAUGCACUGGUUAUCUGCGCCAAGGAUGGCUAUAAUUGGGGACUGCGCUGUUGUCAUGUGGAACGAGGUGGGUAAAGUAGAGAAAAGCAUUGAAGGAAGGGUACCUAAUUACACACAAGCACGAGGUUUCCUGGAACGGGUAGAUAUCCAGUUCGAAAUUGAAAUUGCCGCUUUAAUCAAAAAGUAUCACACGAAGGACAACCACUGGACUAGACAUAGGCGGGCAGCAGCGGAAUGGAUCAUUACACAAUGUGCCAAACGACUCGGUUCUGCUUGCACGCCGAUUGUUAACGGAGGCUUCGAUAAAUUGAGCACUUAGCUCUUAUGAACCAAUGAAAUCUCCAGGUCCGGAUGGUAUUCUACCCAUUUUCUUACAAGAAACGGUCGGUGUUAUGUCCGAGCUCAUCAACCUCUUUCGAACCAGUUUCACUUUGGGAUAUAUCGCGGAGAAUUGGCGGAAAGUCAGGGUGCUCAUACCUAAGGCUGGCAAAUAAGACAAAACCGAUAAGUCUGACUUCAACGUUUCAACGGAGAAAAUCACGGAUAACUAUAUCAGCAAUGAAUUUAAAAAAAAACUCUCCGUUACAUGUAAGUCAACAUGCAUACCAACACGGAAAAUCUACGGAAACCGCACUGCACUGCUUAGUGACGUUAAUUGAGAAAUCGCUCAAAUAUCAAGAGACAGCACUUUGUGCUUUUCUUGCUAUUGAAGGCGCUUUCGAUAACACAUCCUUCGCGUCAAUUAAUACGGCUCUCUGUCAAAAGAGAAUCGACCACACUACAAUGAGCUGGAUUCAAACAAUGCUCUCGAGCAGGGAAAUUACAGCAUCAUUGGGAGAUACGUCGGUCACGAUUUCGGUGAUCAAAGGAUGUCCACAGGGAGGAGUUCUCUCCCCCUCUGCUCUGGUCACUGGUGGCCAACGUACGCCUUCACAAGCUAUCACAGCUUGGUUAUGAGACCAUUGCUUACGCCGACGACGUUGUACUUAUCGUCAGAGGACAGUUUGACGCAGUAUUGUCAAGUCGCUUGCAAGAAGCUCUAAACACCACCAUGUUAUUGUGCUCACAAGAGGGAUUUAAACUUAAUGUAAACCCCACCAAAACAGUCGUUAUACCAUUAACUAGGCGAAGGAAACAUACCAUUACUUCCCCUAUACUGAAUGGUGUCAUACUGGGCUUUAGUAAUGAAGUCAAACACCUCGGAAUAUUUCUCGAUAAAAAACAGAACUGGGCAUCCCACCAAGAUUGUGUUGUUAAGAAAGCUACUUCGGCUUUCUGGGCAUGCAGGUCACUGUUUGGCAAAACCUGGGGAUUGAAACAUUUACAAGCCUUUUGGUCAUAUACUACUAUUGCACGGCCUAGGAUAACCUAUGCUGCAGUCGUAUGGUGGCCAAAAAUGAAUGAGGUGACAGCCCAGGCUAAACUAAACAAAGUUCCGCGCCUGGCCUGUUUUACAGUUACCAGUGCCAUGUGUACAACACCUAAUGCAGCCAUGAAGGCAAUGCUAUGCUUACUGCCUUUGCAUCUUCAUGUGAAGAAGGAAGCAGAGCUCGGCGCACUACGGUUGCAAAGGAGUAAAACUAUACUCGAAGGUAACCAAAUCGGUCAUCUUCGCAUACUUUGGGAGUUUAAUCUGACACUCCUAGUAACUUCAGUCUCUGACUGCAUGGAAGUCAGGCCCAAUGUGGGCGACCCAUAUGAGGUGAUUGAAACAGAUCGCUCAAUGUAAAAUAAUGGAGGGUCCGAUCUUCCAUCUGGAACUAUCUGUUUUUUUACAGAUGGUUCAAAAAUGGGGGCCUGCACAGGCUCCGCAGUCUACGGACUCGGCGUGAGAGAAACUAUCUCAUUACGAAAGUGGUCCACCGUUUUUCAAACAGAAGUAUAUGCAAUAUACAUCUGUGCGACAAUAUGCUUGAAACGAAAGUACAGGCAUGCGAAAAUCGGUAUCUUCACGGACAGCCAAGCAACACUACUGCCACACAAGUCCGCCAAAUGCGUGUCCAAAUUAGUUUGGGAAUGCAGCACAUCAUUGAGGGAGCUCUCUCACCAAAACAACAGUAUCCCGUUGGAAUCAAACACAGGGUUGUAGACAAGCUAAACAGUUUAUCUACCUAAACCCUGCAGUAGCUAAAAAACUAUUCCAUUUAACUCGUUGUCCAUUUUACUACGCACAAUCACGGGACCCCUAACAGAACACAGCUCUUUAUCACUUAAAAAAUAUCGGCAAGGUAUCAUCCGACACCUGCCGCUGUUGUAACUCUGAACCUAAAAGUUCAGCGCAUCUUCGGAAAAUUCCUUUUUACUCCAUAACAGGUAUGGAGCCUGAAUUCCAAAACGGUCAGUGGCUUUAUAAACCAUGUGGUACCGAAUUGGGGCACAGGAUUACAACUAUCCCGCUCUACUCCAUCAAUGGGUAUGAGCGGUACGUAAACUGUGUACAGCAAUCGGGGCCUUCCACAAAAGAAAUGAUCGUCUGACUGUCGCAGUGACCUUUUAACCCAAUGCCCUUCUGGGUUAACUUUUGGCUGCGAUAAGUAAGCUUUUAAAAAUUGGAACCUUGGAUACUCCUUCUGCGUUGUUCACAAGCCAUGCUCCUCUCCUCUAACUUUAGUAGUAAAUUAUCUUCCGACAGCGCGACAUUGGUAAGUGAUUUUGGCUUUGCCUUCUGAGAACUUCUGGUUUAACAGCCUUUUCCAUUAUCGGCUGAACUAAGCCAAGAAAUAUGAUAGAGGGUUUUCAAUCUAAAAUUUACCAUUGGCGCUGCCGACAUAAAGAAAGACAGUUUUGCCUUAUAACAAGUCGCAAAAAAGGUAAUAUAAAUGUUAAUAGUUAAGAUAUUACCGGCGGUUGCACGUAUCUCCUGGUUUUUCCGAUGAUUUGAAAAAUACUUGCUUUGGGUUUCCACCGUCCUGCAAAUGUCCCAUACAUAUCUUUUUCAAAUUCUGCCUGGUAGAGGCGGUACAGUCAAAUGAAUCAAAAUUGACAUCUUGCUUACAAACGAGCUUAUCCUGACUCUAACCAGGACCAAAAUAUUGCUUGCUACUCCGCGACUAUCUAUUUUUCUAAUGUCAAUGCAGCGCAUUUAAUCAAAUAAACAAACAUUUUGCUAUGUUUCCUUGACAACGAAACUUAAUGAAAACAGACACUUAUCACGUGCAAAACAAAUUAAGGCCUACUACAAUUUUUACGCAGGCAAAUUUGAUGUUGGUGCAAUUUAUGUUCAUAUUUACAUAUUGAGGUCGUGCUAAAGAGUAACAGAAUUACGAUAUCUGAUAAAUAACGAUAUCUCAGGAGGAGGCACCAGGCCAAAAAUUCGGAUGUCAAACAUUUAGAGAAGGAACACACAAAGUUUGAAAAAAUCGGAGCACUUUGUUGUCGGAUUUGGUUGACCAAUUGAAGGUUAAACCAGCUCUACCAUACCCUUCUGUAAGGCCAGCAAUCAGAAUGAAAACCCUACUAAACAUACUCACAGUAUUCAAAACAGACAAAACAGCUAUCCAAACGGCACAAUACAGUUUAUGACUAGUAUCUAAACCCCAAUAAAUAAUAAUUAAUAUCGAAUAUUAACCAAAUGAUAGAAUGUUGAUAAUUAUUAGCCGUAUAGUAAUUUAUAGAAAUGAAUUAAAUAUAAAGAGAAAAGAAAAACAAUACCCCAACUACUACACAGUUGCCCCAAUACACCUACUUUCUGCUGCAGGUUAAGUUGUCUGUAAAAAACGGUAAGAGUAACCUCAGCGUGACGUCUAUUUUUUAAAUCAAUUUUCAUCUAUCAAUGAUUUGCAAGUUCACGUGAACAAGAAAGACUUCACAAUUAUGUUUAUUUUCUAUCAAAAACACCCUAAUCGUUGACCCAUGAUGAAAAAAGAAAAAGAAAAAUUAGUGUUUAGAGUUGUGAAUAAUAACACAGUUGUUCGCAUGCUAACGCACGGAACCGAUAACAAUA